ACAAAUCUGCGCACGUGUACGACCGAGACGCCACAGACGUCAGUGGUAUGUACAGGUUCGCGCAAAAAUCAGGCCACGCAUUGAAUUUUCGAGGGGUGGGGCUAACGAUUUGGAAAUUAGGAUUCCCGCCAAUCGGGACGGGGCGAUUCAUCGUAAGUGAGAUUACGGAAUCGUUCGAUUGGAUACGUUUCCCUCACUCGAGAGGGAAAAUUUAAGAUACAAUAUGAUACCAAUCAGCUCCGAUAGCGAUAUUAUAAUUCACUUUAGUCCCGAGUAGUGAGAUUCUUAUCUCUAAACAGAGAUUAAAAUCUGAUCAAUUGGAUAAUGUGAAUCUUCGACUCCUUCUUCAAAGAGCCUUUUCCUUUUCCCGAAAUUCGAGUUCGAAUAAUCGAUUAGUCGAACUCAACUUUGGCGAGUAUACCACUAAACAUUGAAGGUUAUGUCACUUGUGUAACAUGGCGUCGAGUAAGAGUGGUGAUUUUCAAAAAGUGUUGGAGUAUCGAAUCUACAAGUGCUCCAGUUAUUCUUCCUGUUAUUUACCCGAAAAUAUCAUCGUCGAUAUACCAUCGGAUCAGUCCUCACGUUGGUCCUCUGACAUUGACAAUCACCCACAGUAUCUCAUUCUAAAGCUCCAAUGUCCUUCUGUCGUCAAAUAUAUCACCUUUGGUAAAUAUGAAAAAACUCACGUGUGCAACAUAAAGAAGUUCAAGAUCUAUGGAGGAUUAGAGCCUGAGAAUAUGAUGGAACUUCUCGAAAGUGGACUAAGGAAUGAUUCCAUACCAGAAACGUUUGAUCUUAAACAUGUUUUGGGAAAUGAAGGAAAUUAUUUUCCUAUUCGAUACAUAAAGGUUCUUCCGUUGCAAUCAUGGGGUCCCAGUUUUAAUUUUUCUAUAUGGCACAUUAGAUUGACUGGUAUCAAUGAUCCAAAGAUUGUAAGGCCCUGUCUCGAGUGGUUUAACAUGUAUCGGCAAAAGGAGAUAAUAAGACUGUGCAUGAAACAUUUCCGUCAAAUGGAGCAACCUGAAAUCGUCGAGACUCUGCAGAGGGUCACUGGAGUCCCACUGGAGGAUCCGCGAUUGUCGACACUGUAUGAUCUCCUAGUUACUAAAGGUGAUCAUUUGCAGGCAGAGCGUUUCAUCAGCAACGCACUCACGAUGGGACUCUUAAACGAUUAUAUCAAUGCUCAAACUUAUAGAGCAAUUUGGACAAAAUUAUCAUCCGGCGAGCCCAAGCCUGGGAUGCGGGGCGGUCAUCAGAUGGUGCUUGAUCCCACGGCUGAAGUACUGUAUCUCUUUGGUGGAUGGGACGGUAACCAGGAUCUUUCUGAUUUGUGGUCGUACGACAUAGAGGCCGGCAAGUGGACGCUUAUAUGCAAGGACACUGAAGCAGUGGGAGGACCGAGUGCACGUUCAUGCCACAAGAUGUGCUUAGAUCCACAAAGACGGCAGCUCUUUACAUUGGGUAGGUACUUGGACACGCAGUAUCGUACUUGUGAGAAUCUGAAGAGCGACUUUUACGUUUACGACAUCGAGUCGAACAAGUGGACGCAGAUUUCGGAGGAUACAGGAACGAUGGGCGGACCACCACUCGUAUUUGAUCAUCAGAUGUCGAUGGACGUGGAGAAGCGAACUAUUUAUGUUUUUGGUGGACGAGUAUUGACUCAUCCGAGUAGUGCCGACGAACAUGGUUUAAUACCGGAACCGCAUUUUUCGGGAUUGUAUUCUUAUCAUGUACCAACCGGCACAUGGAUUAGACUCGCCUGUGAUAUCGCCGACAAGCCGUGUUCGAGAGAUAUGCCGAUUUACAGAUCCCGCGCUGGUCAUUCAAUGUUGUUUCAUCCACGAUCCAGAAAAUUGUAUAUAUUUGCUGGUCAGAGAGGUAAAGAAUAUCUAAGCGAUUUCUUUACUUACGAAGUCGAUACGCAGCAUGUCGAAUAUAUAAGUUACAAUGAGUUCGGCACGACAAAGGAUUCCAAUCAUGUUCCUGCAGCCGGAUUCACGCAGAGAGCGACUAUCGAUCCCGAACUCGGCGAGAUUUACGUUCUAUCGGGUUUGAGUAAAGAUAAGGAUAAAAGAGACGACAAUGUGCAAAAUUCCUUUUGGGUGUACAAUAUUCAAAAUAGCAAAUGGUCUUGUGUAUAUCGUAAUGAGAAUGUUGGUGAAAAAUACUGGAGCAAAAUGCAAGAUUACGAACCGUGCCCGCGAUUCGCGCAUCAACUUGUUUAUGACCAUACAAGAAAAGUUCAUUUUCUGUUUGGUGGCAACCCGGGUAGAUCUUGCCUUCCAAAUCUGAGACUCGACGACUUUUGGCAAUUGGAAUUACGUCGACCCACAGCUGAACAGAUUCUGAAAAAGUGCAAAUUGAUCAUUAGAAAGCAUAAAUUCAGGGAGCUUGCUCUGAGCAACAGUAUAGAAGCUCUCGAAUAUCUACAGACAAAAAUUUUCGAGAUUAUCGACCAUAGUGACAUGCAACAAACGAAAGAGUUUCAACUCUUGACAUCGAUCUUGUUCCGGAAACAGAAUAAUUCCUUAGAAGACGCCUCUCACUCGAACACUAUCCUGAACGAAUUGACGGCCGGCGCGGCAACACAACAGUGCAUAAACGCGCGUGAUGUACAUAAUUUGCGAACUGAGCUCUACAAUAAACUUGCGGAAUUCUUCCCGGAAUCGUUAACACAGCCGCGGGCGAAUUUGAUUGAUCUUCUACCGUUAUAAUGAUGCAGUGAGCGGGUCGCAAGACUUCGAUGAUGGAAUGUUUUCUGUUCGUAUUUCUUUUUUUAUUCUUGCCGUUCGACAAUAAUUUCUACAUUACAAUUUGCAAAGCAACCUUUAUUUUUGUAGACUUACGACAAGCUUCGUCACCACGUGAUUUUUUAUUUUCUACUUUCAAUACAUCAUGCUAAUCACGAGGGGAAAAAAUGCAGCAUAUUUCGAAUUUAAUAGAACUGCUUCUCGCGAUUUUAUUUAUUUCGUCUUCGUUACGACACGCUUGUUUAAUUAGAACUUUUUAGAGCUUUCUUUUCUUUUAUGAACUUGAGCAGUUUUUCAAGACUCCGUUAUUUAUACUUAUCUACACUACAUGUACAAUUUGAGAUCGACCCCUCGGAACUUUGUGAUAUCGAUAGCUUUCUAACGGACUGGUUAGCUGAUACGUAAGUAAACUAGAGAUCGAUUUUAUAUAUAAUCUGUUCUAUCUAUAUGUUUAUAACGCGCGGCCAUAAAGUUGUUGUUGUUGUUAUUAUUAUUAUAUUAUUAUUAUUAUUAUUAUUAUUAUUAUUAUUAUUAUUAUUAUUAUUAUUAUUAUGUUUCUGAUAUAAUAUAUUCAUUGAAUUAACUGAGGAUAAGGAUGAUAGUGGACUAAAGCUCUUAUAAAAUAUCGCGAUUUAAUGCUUGCAAAAUGUUUUAUGCAACUAGACGUCAUCGGAUAUAAACCAUUUUUACUAAAAGAUAUAUAAGCCAAGAAAUAGAUAGCUUUGCUAAAUUCAACAAAUUAUGGAGUUUAAACUGAAGCCUAAUGAAAGAAGUGACUUUGCGUGACAUAGAAAAUAUAAUUAAUUACACAUAAAAAAA